AUGAGGCCGGCGUCAGAAGAGCCAGUCCCAUUACACGAAGAAUUUAUCUACUGUUGUGGAGCUGCUACCCAUGUCUUAAAGUGUGGGCCCUGGAAAGACCUCUCAAAAGAUGAAAGUAAAAAUCUACCCAGGCUCUUAUUCAUGGUUAUUCCUGGUAACCCUGGACUGGCAGGUUAUUACAGGACCUUUAUACAGGCCUUAUAUUGUGGACUAAACCAGCAGUAUCCCGUUUGGGUUGUGAGCCAUGCCGGACAUUGUAAACCUCCUAGUGGAAUGGAAAUGAUAGAAGACACAGAUAUUAAGGAGCUAGAGGAUGUUUUUGGACUUAACGGACAAGUAGAGCAUAAGCUGAGCUUCCUCAAAAAGAAUGUGUCAAAAGACAUAAAGCUGGUACUGAUUGCUCAUUCUAUUGGUUGCUACAUCACCCUGGAGAUGAUGAAGCGAUCAUCAGAACUUCAG